UCAAGUUCGUCAAACAGAUAAAGAUGAAAUGAAAUUAACCGUCAUAUGGGCAAUAGGUGCUUACCCGGUUGACAGUGAAGAUUGUGAAAUGGAAAUUGUUUGUGGAAAAGUUGUACCAGGGAACUACAAUAAUAAAUUAAGAUUAAAGAUGAUGGUCGCAUCAUCAACACAUCUUACGAUUAAAAGAGAUCCUGGUUCGAAUAGAUAUCUAUUGAAAACUUCAUUGAUAGGUGUCAUUCAAGAUGCUCCAAAAGAA